CCCGUGGAGAGAAGAGAAGAGAAGAGAAGCGCCGAGGAGAAAAGACAGGAACGAUAGUAGCAACCUGGACAGUCCCCCGCGCGCGCGGGUGCAGGUGCACGUCGAAAAGGAGGCCGGCCUGGUGCCGUAUGUGUGUGUCUGUGGGUGCAUGAUAAUUCAGCGUGUAUGUUCCUUGAUUUUUUCGUCAAUCGGUGCGUGAGUAAUUAAUCAUAAAGGAUUCAAGAAAAUAACUGUCAAGAAGAUAGGGUUUUAAGGAUUGUCAAGACAGAAAAGUUAGAAGAUUCGAAUCGAAUGAACGAGUGAGAGAAAUAGAAGGAGGAGCCAAAACCAGAAAGAGAGAGAGAGAGAGAGAGAGAGAGAGUAAGACUUGACCUCGCCCACCCUAAAUCCAAGUGAGCUUGCGAAACGAGUUCCCAAGAAAUACAGCUCGAUGAGAAACAACGAGAAGAAAUUUCUAACUUACAAUAACAACGUAUGACGAUUACAGUAGUCGAUGAGGUUAUUUUGUUUGUGAAAUUGUAUAGUAAAAAGGGUGGGAAAUAAGAAAAAAAAAAGAAAAAAAAAAGAAAAAAAUGCGGUGCGUGUGAUAACUUAUACGAUUCUCGGCGCCAUGUCCCAGAGAUUGGAGACUACGAACGAGGAGUCUUACCUGAACUCCGGCAGGCCGUCGAAUUUGUUAAGAACCAGCUUCAGUAACGUUAAACUUGAACGACUUUAUCGUGCCUCUUCCCUUCAACAAAGACGCGGUGGCCUUCAGUGCUUCCUCUUAUCAGCUGUCCUUUACGGGACUUAUACGGUAGCCUCGCCUGAACCGGAACUACCAGCUCGAGGGCUCACCGCUGUCUUCAUCGGUCUGAACCUGGGCUUAUUGGCAUGGGCGGAACACGGAACACGGGCCAGAGACGGCUUGUGGGCCGCCGUUCCCCACGUGGCAUGGUGGCUUUCUACGGGACAGUUGCUCGCUCAGCUGUUUCUCAAAUCGAGCGAGGUCACGCCCAGGGAUGGACUAGGAUGGCUCCUGCUCUUCCUUUAUCUCCUAUUCGCUACUCUACCCCUUAGAUUAUCCUUCUGCUUCUUAUUAGCGAUUGCUACGGCUGCAGCUUAUAUGGUCACCGUUUUUAGACUCUCCAAAGUGCCGAUCCUAUCGGCCAUCGACGUUCUGAUCCUGACGGUGACACUCUCGGCCGGCGUCGCUAUUUUGGGUGCUUCCAGCUACUCCCUGGCGGAGUUCCAGCAACGUCGAGCCUUUCUCGAGACAAGACAAAGUCUGGAAGUGCAGUUGGUAAUCGAAGAACAGAGUGCCGAACAGGAAAGGCUACUUCUCAGUGUUUUGCCUGAACAUGUGGCCGUCAAAAUGCGACAGGAUUUGGGUGCAUGCAUGGACACGCAGUUCAAGAAGAUCUACAUGUCGAGACACGAAAAUGUUUCGAUACUUUACGCUGAUAUCGUUGGUUUCACAGCAAUAUCAUCUACCUACAGCGCUAGCGAACUGGUUAAGAUACUCAACGAGCUUUUUGCACGAUUCGAUCAACUCAGCGAACGGUACGAACAGUUACGCAUCAAAAUUCUUGGCGAUUGUUAUUAUUGCAUAAGUGGUGCACCUAUCGAGAGACCAGAUCAUGCAAUACUUUGCGUUCACAUGGGUCUUUCGAUGGUCGAGGCUAUAAAAUAUGUUCAGCAGACAACCAAUAGUCCAGUUGACAUGAGAGUUGGCAUACAUACAGGUGCUGUCCUGGCCGGUGUUCUUGGUCAACGACAAUGGCAAUUCGACGUUUACAGUAAAGACGUUGAAUUGGCUAAUAAAAUGGAAAGCAGCGGAAGAGCCGGGAGAGUACACGUUUCCAACGUAACUUUGAGCUUUCUCAAUGAUGAAUUUGAAAUUGAACCGGCGUUUGGUGAGAAAAGAGAGGAGGCACUUAAAAAGGCUGGAAUCGUCACCUAUUUUAUAGUAAGAGCAUUAAAACCUUUCAAACCGGCGAUAACGAAAAGUCUUGCAUCGUUGAACGACGAAACUUCUCGAAGGACAAUGGACAAUAAUCAAGAGAGGAGAAGUAAUAAAGAAGACUCAGAAGAGUUCAGGCAAAGAUUGAGAAAGGAAAUGGAUAGCAAAGGUGGGGGUGCCGACCUGAAGGGUCACGUAUCGUGGCUAACGUUGCGUUUUAAAGAUCCAAUUGUGGAAAAGGCCUUUCACAGUGCCAAAGAGGCCUUCUCACCUUUGUCUUUGCUCGGUGGCCCUUUAGUGAUGAUGUGUGCAUCACCGGUAUGGAGAUUGCAUCCAUGGGGACCUUUCACUUGGGGUGGUGCAGGCGUGCUUGUACUCUUUGGAGUGGUGCUAGCCGGUGCCACGUGUCUUGGGAGUGCAGUAAGAGCGACGUGGUUGAGAAGAACAUUAGCUUUGUUGAUGACCUUCUCUCUAACCGAUUUCCUACUUCUCGACAUGUGUAACUGUGCUAUCAUCGACGAAAUUGAACCAAAAGGAAACAUGUCGUACUGGAUGCGUUGUCCUUAUCCUUCUUAUUAUUCUUAUAUCGGUGUGCUUGCCCUCGUAGCAAUUUCUAUGCCAACUUACAUCUGCUAUCUUGGAAAGGCAUUGCUGAUGUACAUUCUAGCCGGUGCACAGUGUACUAUUAAUAUAGUAUUUCUCGGAACUUCUUUGGAAUUGGAAGAAAUGGCUACUUUACCACCUGAUCCGAUCACAUAUUCAUUAAAAUAUACCUUGUCGGCUUCGUUGAUCACCAUCGCCACUGCCUUGGUCAUCGUAGCUAGAUACGCCGAAAAAGCAAGAAGAAUGCUUUAUCUACGUGGCAGAGAGGUAGCAGCUCAAAGAGAAAGAGCUGCCGAUAUGAAACGAAGAAAUGGCGCAUUAAUAUACAAUAUAUUACCACCACACGUAGCAAUUUAUUUUCUUUCAAGAGCAAGGCAUCACGAUGAUCUUUACAGUCAAAGUUAUGCCGAAGUUGGUGUAUUAUUUGCAAGUAUGCCCAACUUUGCCGAUUUUUACAGCGAGGAAAGUAUUAAUAAUCAAGGACUCGAAUGUUUAAGGUUCCUCAACGAAGUUAUCUCCGAUUUUGAUGCUAUAUUGGAUCAAAACAAGUUCAAAGACAUCAUUAAGAUCAAAACAAUAGGCUCAACUUACAUGGCUGCCUCGGGUAUAACUGAAUCCCAAGAGUCUGAGGAUAAUCCAAGGUGGACUCACCUAUCGACUCUCGUAGAAUUUGCUUUAGAAUUAAAAAAAGCUCUAUCGGGAAUCAACGAACAGAGUUUUAAUCAUUUUGUCCUAAAAAUGGGUAUCAAUCAUGGUCCAGUAACUGCUGGGGUGAUUGGUGCUCGAAAACCUCAUUACGAUAUUUGGGGUAACACCGUAAACGUUGCUUCGCGAAUGGAAAGCACCGGAAAAGUUGGAUGUAUUCAGGUUACCGACGAGACUCGAAUAAUUUUGGAACCUUUUGGAUUUGGUUUUGAACAACGUGGCCUCGUCUUUGUCAAAGGAAAGGGUCAACUACUCACGCACUAUUUAGUAUCUAAAGAUGGAGUGUCCCUUGAACUUGACAGUGAUCUUCCUGUUGAGCCGACUCAUCCAAUUAUUUAUCAGUAACAAAAUUGGAGGCACUAAUAUCAUCAGAAAUUGAUCAUUUGUCGAUCUUUCAUCGAUUGUUCUGAGAAGAAUGAAGCUACAGAAAUGAUUUCACACUUGUUCCUUUCUCUUUUUCUCUUUUCUGUAUUUUCCUUCUCUCUCUCUCUCUCUCUCUCUCUCUCUCUCUCACACACAC